UUUACAGAGACUCAGAGAAGGGGAAGCAGAAGCUCACAGUCACACAGCCAAUUAGUGCUAGAGCUAGAAUUAAACCCAGAUCUUCUGAUUCCCUGGCUAGACCCUUUAUGUAAGUGACUUAAGAAACUUGGAUAUCAUUUUGCACUUGUCUCCUGUGAUUUCCAGUCAGCAUAAUGUGAUAGUUUGAAGUUUCUACCCAGAAAGAGACUUAUUCUUCACUUCUCAGAACCUUCAGUUGGGAUGCCAGUAGCUUUGUAGAACAGAUAAUACUUCCAAAUCUCAAGAUAGAAAGACCUGGAUUCACGUUCUUCCUCCACUUUUUGAAUGUGAAGAAUGCUCCUCAUCCUGAUAGGCCAGAAAGUGCCCUCUAAAGUCAUCUGGCUGAUGGUGCAAGAACUGUGGGUCUGCCCUGGGAUUGCUGGCCUGGUCCCUCCCGCCCUUCCCUCCAGCCUCCUCCCAGCUGUAGGCCGGACAAUCAAAGGCUGCAUUGUGCAUUGAACAGUCCAGAGGCUCUCUGGUGCCUGGGAGGAGGAGGCAGGCUAGGAAGGCUCCCCCCCUCUUCAUCCUCCCCCAGAACUGCCCUGACGCGUGUUCCCUGGGGCCCCGAGCCUGGCUCCCGGAUGAUGGUGGACACAUGGGCUGCUGUUUCGGCAUUCCCCGGCUGAGGAGUGUGUGUCGGGGCCCAGCUCAUUUUAUAGAUGAAGAAACUGAGGCAAACAGGGUUAAGCGACGUGCCUGGGGUCACUCAAAUAGUAAAGAGGGUCCUUCUAAUACACAAACUCCAUCGAAUGGACUCAAAUGGCCAACAACUUCAACAAAAAGCAAGGGAAAAUGUUUCCAGUCACAGUCUAUGACAUCAGAGAUCCCCCUCUCUUUCUCUGUGUAUAGCCUCUCUGGGCGGGGAAUCAAUGAACAACUGCAAGAGGCUGCAAGAAAAAGAUUAUGGGCCAUGGAAAAUGAUAACAAGGAGGUCAACGCAUUGUUCAAGGAACUCUCAGCUCGGUUUAUUUCUAUACAAGUCAAUAAAGACCAGUUCAUUAUCACCUUCAAGACUGUUGAGGAAAUAUGGAAGUUCUCUACAUAUCUGAAUCUAGGCCUCGUGUCUCUCUGCCUGGAGCAACUCCUCUUUGACCACAACUACUGGCUUAACUUCAGAUUAGUGGAGGACACUAAGAUCCAAGUCAUAGUCAAUUAUGAACAUCUGGAGGCCAUCUACCAAAGUCUCUUGAUACAGGAAGGUCAUUUCUGCAGAACUGUGCAUACUGUUUUUCGUUCAGGAGAAAAGGAAGGUGGAGAGUACUUGAAACUUUCAAAGAAUGAGUUGAUUUAUGUCAAGAACAAUAAAGAAGAAACAGAAUGUGAAGCCACCUCCUUGUUGACUGGUCUUCGGGGCUUGGUGCCUGCCUCAGCUAUAGAACCAUUGUCCAUCCCCUUCCACCAAUGGUUCCUAAAAAACUAUCCCGGUACUUGUGGCAUCUCUAGGAAGAACGAUUGGACAAGCUCCUAUCAAAUUGGUAAAGGAAAAUGUAAAGCUUUGAGGGAUCACCGAGGAGAAGAAAAGGAUGAAUUGACCUUCUGCCAAGGAGACAGCAUUGAGGUCUUUGGUUUUCUUGUAUCAGGGCUUCGAUGGUUUAUUGGGAAACUGACAUCAACAGGAGAGAUUGGUUUUGUCCAAACCAAACAUGUAGCUCCUGAUUCUUAUGUUCCAUUGAACAAGGCCACUGCCUUCCUCAGUGAUGAGGAGAGAUUGUCCUUUUGGAACCCAGGAAAUGACAGGGAAAGAGACUGUGCUGACUUUAUCCGAUCUCUAACCCAUACUGAUAUAUCUUCCAUAUACUGGCUCAGUGAAUUUUCCCAAGAUCCUUUUGAAACUCAGACUCCUAGUAUGGUGUCUAUAGCCCAAGUUUUAGAGAGAGGCCAGCCUGGUGAAACCUGGGAAGAAGACACAGACAUCAGCUCCCAAAGAUGCAGUGACUCUGAGGAAUCCUCACUAACCUCAGAUAGCUAUCAUUUGCCUCAGCCAGAUGACCUCGAUGAUCCUGAGGUCUUGAUGGACCUGAGUGCUGGGCAUGAGGAAGAGGAUGACCCUGCUGCAAGCCUUCAUCCUAUCCUGACUCUGCUGAACCAAGAGGGCUAUGCAGGGCAUUUUGAGAGCCUCUAUGACCUUUCCUUCUCACUUCCUGCUUCUUCCUUCUAUGGUUUCUCCGAUGAGGAUGAACUCAUCACUUACCUGGGGACCUCCAGAAACUGUGCCAAGCGGCAUCACAUGACCUGGGCACAUGCCCGCCUCUGCUUCCUCUUGGGACGCCUGAGUGUUAAGAAGGUCAAACUUUCCCAGGCCCGGGUGUACUUUGAGGAAGCUCUCCACGUCUUGAGUGAAGGUUUUAGGGAUCCGUCUCUGAUUGCUGCUCUCUACAUUAAUUUGGCAGCCAUCUUCUUGAAGCAGAAACUGAGACCCCAGGCUUGUUCAGCUUUGUUGGAGAAGGCAGCUUCCCUGCUGGCCUGCCUGCCCACUGGGGGCGUGAGAGCUGAAAACGAGCUGGAAGUGGUGGCUCACCUCCUGAGGGAGGCCAUUGCUUCAGGGAGCAGCGCCUUGGAGGCCCGGGCCUGCUUCCUGGCCAUCCGUCUGCUUCUCAACGUGGGCCAGUAUGACGAAGCCCUGCCCUUCGUAGAGCGCUUGCACCUCCUCGCAGGCCCACCCCCUGCUGCCAUCUUGAGCUUCUUAUAUGAUAAGAAAUACCUUCCUCACCUGGCACUGGCCUCAGCCCGCCAAUAUAGCUCCCGCAGGACCCCAGGGACAGCCAUAUCUCUCUGGCAAGUCAGCCUGGUCCUACAGAAUGCUGGGAAACUCCUCAAGUCCUCAUCCUCGGGCUAUGGGGACAUUUCUGCCCUGGCCUGCCCUUCUCUCAGACAAGCCUUAGUUGCCUCUCAGGAGCAGGGGGACGUCAGGACGCAGAGGACGCUCUGUAUCAUUCUGUCCAAAAUGUAUUUCCAGCAUAAUUUAUCCGAUGGGGUCAUCUACUACCUGACCCGAGCCAUGGCUCUGGGUCAGCUGUUGGGAGAGAAAGACACAUUUGAGUCUUCCCUGUGCCUGGGCUGGGCCUACCUCUCAGCUCGCCAUGCAGGGAGGGCUCUGGAAAUCCUGAUGCCCCUUCUCUCCUCCCUGUGGGAGACAGGCAGCGUUCUCCAGAAGGGGGUAGUGCACAAUCUCCUGGGGCUCGCUCAUGAAGGGGAAGGCCAGGUGACUCAGGCCACCAAGAACUAUCACUGGGCCCUGGAGGUGGCUGAGGAGAUGGGGCACGUUCAGAACCAGGCAGUCGCCUUGGCCAAUCUGGGCCACCUAAUCUUUAGGUCCCGGAACCGGCUGCUGGCAGAGCAGCACCUGACCCAGGCUGUUCAGCUGUUCUGUGAGCUCCAGACCAGCAAGGAGGUCGACACGGAGCUGGGACACGUGAUGCUGUGGCUGGCCCAGGUGCUGGUGGAUAGGCACAAGAUAGACGAGGGCCGUCUCUGUUAUGAGAUGGCUUUGCUCUUUGGCCUGAAGCAUCAGCAUCUAAAGACUCAGCUUCAAGCUACCAAAUCUCUCUGCCAUUUCUAUAGUAUUGUGUCUCCAGAUUCUGGUGCCUGCAUCACCUAUCAUGAACACUGGCUAAGGUUGGCCCAGCAGCUCCAGGACCAUGAAACCGAAGGGAUACUGCUAGAGGAACUCAGUCACCUCUACCUGAACCAAAACACAGCCAUGUCUCUGAGACGUUCCCUGGACUGUAUCAAGGAAAGCCUGAGAAUCUUCAUUGACUUAGGGAACCAGGCCAAGGCUGCUGAAGCCUGGCUGCUGGCUGGGCAGUUACUUUACCUUCUGCAGGAGGAUGAGCUGGUGGAAAUGUAUUUUCAGGCAGCCAUACAGAAUGCCCUGAAGGCUGAGGAGCCUUCCCUAGCCCUAAGACUCUAUGAACGUGCAGGGGAUGUGUUUUUCAAUGGAAACCGUAAUAGAUACCGAGCAGCUGAAUAUUACAGGUGUGGAGCUGUCCCCAUAGCCAGGAGGAUAAAGGCUUUCAACACUGAGCUCCGCCUAUUCAACAAGCUGACGGAGCUGCAGCUCACCCUGCAGGGCUAUGACAAGGCACUGGAAUUUGCUACCUUGGCUGCUAGGCUCAGCACUAUUGCAGGAGAUCAACUACAAAAAUUAGUGGCUUUUCAUCGCCUGGCCACAGUCUACUACUCCCUGCACAUGUACGAGAUGGCUGAAGAUUGCUACCUGAAGACACUGAGCCUCUGUCCACCCUGGAUGCAAUCUUCUCAGGAGGCUCUGUACUAUGCAAAGGUGUACAGUCGCCUGGGCCACAUGACCCUCGAUCAGCUAAAGGAUGCCCAUGAUGCCACUGACUACUUUCUGCUGGCCCUAGCGGCAGCUAUCCAACUGGGUGACAACAAAUUGCAGAACUCAAUUCAGAGCAAGCUGGAGAACAUCACUCAUAGCUCUCUGUGGCAUAGCAGCCCAGGGGGCCAGUCUGCAGAGCGGGCUAGGUGGCUAAGUGGAGGAGGACCUGCCCUCUGAGAUGCUACUGAGACUUUGUCACAUGUCAACUGAAGGUAGCCUCCUUGUCCUGGGGCCAUCAUAGAUUAACCUGGAGCCAUCGUAGAUUCAUAAAGUAUUAAAUCUGGAAGAGAUCUGAGAACACAGUACAUAGAAAACCAGAGCAGGAGGUGCCUUAGAACAUAGUAAGAGAUGGCUAAGAACUUUAAAACAGAACCUAAGGUGUCAGAUCUGGAAAAGACCUUAUAGAUAAUCUAGUCCAACACUUAACUUUACAUGGGAGUAAAAUGGAAGCCAGAAGAGGCAAAUGACUUGUUUAAGGUCACACAACCAGUUAGCAGCAGAAUCAACAUGAAACUGGGGAUCCUGAUUCCCCCUGCUAGCUGAGUGACCCUGGGAGAGAUGCUUAAUCUCUCUGUUCCUCAAUUUUCUCAUCUGUAAAAUGGAGAUAAUAAUAGCACCUACCUCACAGGGGUUGUUGUGAGGUUUGAAUGAGUUAACAUAUGUAAAGCAUUUUGUGAACCUUAAGCUCUACAUAAAUAUUAGCCAUUAUUAAUAGCACUUUGGAUAUGUAGUAGGUGUUUAAUAAAUUAUUGUUGGAUUUAGUUAUUUAAAAUAUGAAAUGAAAGAC